AUGGUCAUCGGACUAUUAGCCCUCGCGUCAAUCCCGACAACCACAGGCGUCGCAUUCGGAGUCAGCGAGCAGCGGAAAUCGAACCAGCGCAAAGAAGACGCGCGGCGAAUGCUAAAGUUCAACAUCGACGCCGUAUGCGAGGGCGAUACAGACGACGAUAGAGAUGUGAAUGGACGAAGAGUAGUUGUUCGGAAUGAUAAGGUUUAUCUCGAUGAUCCGGAUCCCCGCAAACGUACCCAUCCCGCCUUCACUUCUCUAGCAUUUUAUAUAGAGUAUCCAGAACUCGAUGAGACAAAGGGCCUAGAUCGAGGACUAGGAUUACCAACUUAUGUAUCAGCGAAUCCGCCGCUUUUGAACUGGAUCUAUGCAGAUUUCGAGACGCAUGAGUUGAAGUAUGGGAAUCGGACGCAGAGCGUGGAUCAUGUUGUUGGGCCGUGGAAUUGGACAGAAGAUGAAAAGACAAUUACGUUGGAGGAAAGUGUUGCAUUUGUAGCGGUUGAGGAGGAGGAAGGGGAAUGGGCGCUUUAUUUCGAUCGGGAUGGUGAUGAACUGGCGGCUGUUUUGGAGGAACAGGGGAUGAUAGAUUGUGCAUUUGUACCAGUGAAUCUUGUCAGGCGCCCUGUAGAGGAACUUCCUGCUCCACAGCAACAGAAGCAGUCCAGUCAAGGGAAAGGGUCGACAAGUCGAGAGCAGAAAGGAUAA